CACCACCGCAAAUCUCUCGCUCCUGCUCUACCUUCUCGUCCACCUCCCUCAACCCCUCUCCUCUACGACUACACAGCCCCUCCCCACAAAAGCAUGACCCGACCAACCUCCCUCCUCACCCUCACCCGGCGAGGCCUCUCCCACACCUCCUCCCCGCGCGCCGCCCUCCCCCUCGCUCCCCGUACCCAUCUCCGCCAACCCCAAUCGCAAAUCCACACCACCACCCAACAAAACAACCGAACAAUCACCCCCCGGGCCCCUCAAACAACCUCACCCACCCCCCUCCGUCUAUCUCACUCCACGCGCACCUACCACUCCGACCACCACCCCACCCAACCCCACGACUACACCAACUCGCAAACGACCAUCCUCUCCGCCGCCCUGCACCACGUCCCCACGCACGGCUUCUCCCGCAACGCCCUCACGCUCGGAGCCCGCGACGCCGGCUUUCUGGAUGUCUCCGUGCAGCUCCUCCCCCGCGGCGAAUUCGACCUGAUCCUCUUCUGGCUCGCCAGCCGCCGCGGCCUCCUGCGCUCCAAGGUCGAAUCCGACGGCCUGUUUUCGGCCGCCUCAUCCGGCGCCGUCCGCUCCGUCGACGACAAAAUUCAGAUCCUGUUGAUGGAACGCUUGCGCAUGAACGCCGAGGUCAAGGAUCAAUGGCAGGAUGCAUUGGCGGUCAUGUCCCUCGGGGAAAACAUCCCCCUCUCCCUCUCGGAACUUCACGCCCUGGCGGACGAUAUUCUGAACCUGGCCGGCGACAAAUCCGUCGAUGCCUCGUGGUACUCGAAGCGUAUGGCCGUGGCGGCGGUGUACGCGGCCUCGGACUUCGUGAUGACCCGCGACACGAGUGCCGGACUGCGCGAUACGGAGGAGUUCGUGGCGCGCCGGUGGGCGGGCGCCCGCGCCGUCGGGGAUAAGCUCACGGGGGUGAGGGAGUGCUUGGGAUUCAUGGGGUCGACGGCGGUGGGGUUGGGACGGAGUUGGGGGUUGAAAAUCUAAGAAGGAACAGGGGAAAUCGGGACCUUGUUUUAUCAUAUUUAAUUGUCCCUUCUUUCUUUUCUAUCUUGUUGUUUCAUCGAGAGAGUUCGCCGCUUGUAUACUGUUCUAGGGUUUGUACAUGUACUUUACAAGAUAAUAUACACGAUGGG